AUGAAUGGGCACGGUAGGCUGCCGCUCGACCACCGUGAGCAAUUGUCCAACUCGGUCGUGACCUUCUUCGACGAGCGGAGCCUGGACCUACGCGCGCCGCGCGAAACGGAUCUGAAAACCGUCGUCCGAAAGCUGCGCGAGGAUUCGGAUCUCUUCAGUCAGACGCUCGACGCCCUACCGAGCCCGAACCGGGCGGACGCCUCGCAGCCGCGCAAGAAGCGCUGGACGGCGCGCGUCAAGACGGGAUGCGUCACUUGCCGGAGUCGUCGCAUCAAGUGUGACGAGGCAAAGCCCGCGUGCAAACGGUGCUCCCUCACCGGCCGUACGUGCACCUACGAAGCAGCAAGCAGCAGCCCCGAGACGACCUCGUCAUCAGGCUCGUCAUCCUCGCCCGAACCGCCGCCGCCGCCGGCCAAAGGGCUGCCCUCGCCUGACUGGCAUGUCACCGAGUCCUUGCAGUAUUAUAUCACGGUCAUGCUCCCCAUGCACGGAUUCCAUGCGACUGGGGACAGCGCCUACGUUUCGAGCUACCAGGCGAAAAGGAUGAUGCGAGACGAGGGCUUCGACUCGGCCAGCUUCGUCAUGCAGAUCCUGAGCCAUCGCGUCCAGUGCAUGUCCUCGGCGCACCAAGUACAAAACGUGUACGGCGCACUGCCGGCCAUCAAACCGGUGUGGGAGCGCCUGUUCCACCAGAUGGCCCUCGCCGUUAGCAAUCUGAACCGGUUCAUGGCGUUGGAGAAGAACGUAUACUUUGUCCUUCACCGGGUCGUGGAUCUCAUGCAUACCGAACUGACUCUCUCGAUUCCGACUUGGCGAGCUCAUGCAGAAGGCUUCGGCGCCUUGGUAAAGACGUAUGGCGGCAUACCCACACUGUUCAGACUGCCGAAACCGCCUGCAAUGUCAUCGCAGCUUGCCUUGAUCGCAUCUGCAAUGUGCAACUCUACCAGCCCUGCUGAUCAACAGAUCAAACUCAUGUCCAACUGGUCCGACGAGGACAUUGACACUGCAUACUCUCACACCGGGUUUCACGCGUUUCCAUGCCCAACGGUCCUCUUUCAAGCAAUAAGCCGCAUCACUCAUCUGCGAACCCUCGUGGCCGGCUGCACCGAUGCAGCGGUAGUCGACAGGCUCGUUCCCUUGGCACGCGAGGCGUUUGCCAAGAUCCAGCACUUUGAUCCCGCCGGCUGGACAGAGCCGUAUCCGACAGACCACGAGUUCUAUCCCGUUGUCGGCCGCGCGUUCCAAUACGCCGUGGCUCUGUACGGCAUACUGUCGCUGCCAGGUCCGCUAGCAGCCGUCUUCACGUAUCCGCCCGAAGCCGCGACGCCACAGGCGCACGAGGCUCAUCGAGGAGAUGAUAACCACGAACUGAUUUACACAAUUACACAACUAUACUCCACCACACGAACACGAUAUCGUGAGCAUCUCUUUACGCUAUUUCAGCGGGCACUCCCCGCUGCGCCAUCCAUAGAAGGCCUUCUCUGGCACGCCGCCGUUCUUGGCGUCGCCUACAGCAAUCAUGAGGAAGAAGAGCAAAGAAUUAUCCUUGAUUAUGUAGCCAGCUUACGAUUUGUGUAUGGCGCAGACGGCGGCGCGAUUCAUUUGUACGAUAAGCUGCGGGAGUUUUGGGCGUCUGGCAAGAAGGAAUGGGACCAAUGCUUUUACGAGCCAACGAAUAUCCUGACUUGA